CAGCUAGAGACUCAUCCGUUAACAGAAGACCAAUUGGUGAACGAGGUCCGCGGGAUCUAUGCCGGGUUGGUGAUGGUAGAAAAGAAGUGCAUCGAGAUUGAUAAGCAGCAGGCUGAAUCUAAGAAUAAGUUGUCGGAUCACCAAUGGCAGGCGCUGAUUUCGUUGCAUCGGACUUUGCUUCAUGAGCAUCAUGACUUUUUCCUCGCUUCGCAGCACCCGUCUGCGGGCCCGGCUCUGAAAAAGUUAUCGGAGAAGUACGCUAUGCCGGCGCGCAUGUGGCGUUAUGGGAUUCAUUCAUUUUUGGAAUUGUUGCGCCAUCGACUUCCAGAUUCGUUGGAGCAUACACUUACGUUUCUGUAUUUGGCUUAUUCGAUGAUGACCCUACUACUAGAGAGCGUGCCUGCCUUUGAGGAUACUUGGAUCGAAUGUCUUGGUGACUUGGCGCGCUAUCGCAUGGCCGUAGAAGAAUCUGACAUCCGGGAUCGUGAGACCUGGGCCGGUGUGGCCCGAUACUGGUACCACCAAGCAGCUGACAAGAAUCCGAACGUUGGCAGAAUCCAGCAUCACCUGGCCGUUCUUGCUCGUCCAGACAUGCUUCAACAGCUGUUUUACUACACAAAAAGUCUGGUUAGUCUGCACCCGUUUCCUAGUGCUGGAGAAAGCAUUCAGUUAUUAUUCCACCCGCUUCUGAACGGCCCCAAACCAUAUAAUCAACCGGUAGUUGCUUCUGCGUUUGUGGCUGCUCAUGGCAAUCUCUUCUCACAAGGUCCGCUUUCUGAUCUCAAGGUGCUUGUGAACGAGUAUCUGCUUCAUCUGGAUAAGUAUGUUAGUCGACUUGCGAACUCUUUCAAGUUACACGGGGUUUAUAUGGCAUCAUGCAAUUUUACUGCCAUUUCUCAGUACGGGGUUGCUGAUGCUGUGGUGCCUGCUGAAUUCAAAGAGCAGCCACAAGAACAGUCCAUGGCUUCAUCAGAGAACUGGACGUCUGUUGAUAAAGUGGACACGAUUGAAGCUGAGUUCUGCGAGUUCUUGAACUCGCAGUCUCAAACAACGGUCUACUACGGCGCUCAUCUCGCCUUCAAAACUUUCUCUGCCUUCCUGGAUCAGAUAGGCAACAAGAACGUCUUUCCAGCUGUGCAUGCCUACCUUGCCUUUACCUGGAGCAUGGCUCUUAACAACACCAGCAUAAGGCAUAUUGAAGUGGUUGUUCCAUGGGGCAAACUUUCCACCUUCUUGAAUGCAAUGCUGCGCAGCAACACGGAUCUCCGCGUCCUUGAACGCGCAGAAUUCCCCGUUGCAGAUGACAGGAAGUGCUUUCCGGAGGAUUUCCUCCUCCGGGGCCAGAUUUGGAGUCAGGGAUAUUUCCCUGCGGAUCAUUUCAAGGGGGCUUGGGCAGAGGAUGAAGGGCGUACGAUCGAGGUGCCUUCUUUGAGUAUGGCUAGGAUGUAUCGGUGUUUGUGGUUAGGGGUUCGACUUGCGAUGUUCCACCGCUGGAUUACGUAUGGUCCGGAUUUCCGAAGCUUCACGGUGACACCGUUUGCCCUGGAACUCGAGAAACGCGCUCAACGUCUCGAUCCUUUC